AUGGAACCAAUUUGUUUUAUAGUUGUGUUGGCAAUUUUCACAAAUGUUUGCGGCAAUCCACAAGAGACAUUUUUUCAAGACAAUCGAAGGAUAGCUAAAACAAUUGUAGAAGCACUACAGGACUCAAAGUUUGAUGAAGAACUACUAUUUGACCUGAAGAAAGAGAACCAGGUCUACUUAAAUAGAACCAUGUCGUUGCUCAUCAAGUAUAUUGUUAAACGCGAAGUAGACAACUACAGGUCAAGAAGGACGGAUGCAAUCAGCCGUAGAAUUUACUCUUCCCUUGUAAUGAAAUUAAUCGAUAUCGCAAAGGAUUUACCAAGAAACUCAAGCGCAACGAGUCGAAUCGACACCGCCCACAGAUACUACAUGACGGUCGAAAGUAAGGAUAUGCAUGAUCAAAUGGCAGAUUCUCAAGUAUUCCACGCAUGCGCCAGAUUGUAUGACAUUAUGUUUACGGCACCGAGAAUCCUCUCUCAACUAGGCAGUCUGGAUGAUCUGACUCCACGUAUCCUUAUUCGGAAAUUAAGAGAAAUGGAAAUCAAACCAGUUCACCUUGGAGUCACUCUUCUUAUUCAGUACAACCUCCGUAACACAAUCAACUUUGCUCUUCACUCAAAAGCCCUGGAUGUCCUUUCCACAAAGCCCCAAGAAGUUGGACCGCAAGUGAUUGAACUACUCAAGGCUCUAGCAGCGCGCCUAUUGCCAAUAGCUGAGUUACUGGACAUCCAUUUAGCACACUCUAGUCCAGCUUUUAAAGACACCUCUCCGGCAACCUGGCUCGGUAUCGUUAAUAAUAAAAACCCUUAA